AUGCACGACUUACGAUUGAAAGUCCUCCGCGAAAGCGGCAAGACCGUCUCCAAGAAGGCGAAAUCGCGCCCCGAGUCCGCCCGCGCCUCGAUGAGAAACUCACCCAACGUCUCGCCUGGCCACUCCCAGAUCAACUCCCCAGCGCACUCGCACGCUGGGAGCCGCUAUGCCUCAGAAGACGAAGGCAGCGACGACGAGUACGACGAUGGCAUGACCAUGAGCACCCUAUCAAACAACUCAGACACCGCGCUGGACGAGGCAACGGAGGCAUCCUGGGCACAACUGCUCCAGGACCGUAUCGUCGAGCUGCAAGACCGCAAGCGGACAAACACCAAGACACGCGAGACUACGCUCAUGUCCUACCUGCACCUGGUCAAACACCACUACGGCGGCCGCCAAGUCAGCAACUCCCUGAGCGAGAUCGUCACGGCGUUGAUGAAGAAUACCAGGUCCGGAGGCAGCUCCCUCGAGCGUCUUAUGUCCCUGAAGUCACUAUCAGCCACCCUUCUCACCACGCCUUCAGACGCCCUGUUCGAUGACAUUUAUCCGCAGCUCGAGAAGACCCUCGAAGACGAUGACGAUAACGACGUCAAGGCGGCCGCUAUCUGGGCCAUGGCCAUCACAACAAUGUACGGCGGCGGUGGCGAAGACUCAGCAAGCGAGCUCCUCGAAUAUCUGGUAACCAUUGUGGAAAGCGACGGAGAGGCCAUUGGGGCAGCAGACAGUGGCGACGUCGUCACCUCUGCUCUCGAGGCGUGGGCUUUCGUCGCCAGCCAAGUGGACGACAUCAGCGAGAACGUCUACUCGGCCAUUGACGCGUUCGUGGAGCAACUCGAAAGUACGGACGUCGAGGUGCAAGCGAGCGCGGGCUUCAACAUCGCCUUCAUCUUCGAGGCGGCACGCGAUCAAGAGGAGGAGACUGGCGAGCCGAUGAACCUCCAGUACGAUCCCAAGAAGCUCAUCGCCCGCAUGGCCGAGGCGUCCAAGCCCUCAGUGAAGCAAACAGCGCGCAGGGACAGAAGACACUUGAGGAAGCAGUUCGCCAGCAUCGUCUCGUCCCUCGAACAUGGAAAGGGGCCGGGAUAUUCGAGCGCGAGUCGUCCGGCGUUCAAUCCGCACACUGGCGGCACCAGAGCUGAUCCUGGCGCGGGUCGCAGGGGAGACGACGACGAGGAGAACCGCGCGUUCGGCUACCGCGAGAAGCUUCGGCUGGGUUCGUCGGUCGUCCUCAUCGACUCGUGGUCUCUCAUGGCGCGGGUUGAGGCGGCGAGGACCAUCCUGGGAGGCGGAUUGCCCACGCACUUCAAUGACAACCCGACUGUCGCGGAACUGUUGGAUAACGCCGAGACGGAAGAGGCAGCAGGGCAGCCGUACGCGGGGCGUCCCAACAGAAAUGCAAAGAAUAUGAGGAGGUAG